AUGGCAAAGCCUCAGAGCAAGGAUUCCGGGCUGAAGGAGAAGUUCAGGAGUCUCCUGGGGCUGGGAACGUCCCGGGGAAGUUCCAAGUCGUCGGAGGGCAAGCAAACUGAGUUUAUCAUCACUGCAGAAAUACUCAAGGAACUGAGCAUAGAAUGUGGAUUAAGUAAUAGGAUACGAGCAAUCGGUCAAAUUUGUGAAGUGGCAAAAACAAAAAAAAUUGAAGAGCACGCAGUGGAAGCAAUAUGGAAAGUGGUCGCUGAUAUGCUCCAGCCAGAGCGCCCCGUCGAAGCCAGACACGCUGUUCUUCAUCUCCUGAAGUCGAUCGUUCAAGGACAGGGUGAGAGAUUGGGGAUCCUCAGAGCACAUUUUUUUAAAGUUAUUAAGGACUAUCCCUCCAAUGAAGAUUUACACGAACGGCUUGAAGUGUUCAAAGCUCUAACAGAGAAUGGUCGAUACAUCACCUACUUAGAAGAAGAGUUAGCUGACUUUGUCCUGCAGUGGAUGGAUGUCGGUUUGUCUUCCGAGUUCCUUCUGGUUUUAGUGAACCUAGUGAAAUUCAAUAGCUGCUACCUGGAAGACUACGUAGCUGACAUGGUCCACAAGAUAUGCCUCUUGUGCAUUCAGACUUCAUCAUCUGUGGACAUAGAGAUUUCCUUGCAAGUCCUAGAUGCAGUUGUUUGCUAUAACUGUCUGCCAUCAGAGAACCUGCCGGUGUUUAUCAUCACUCUGUGCCGUACCAUCAACGUGAAGGAGCUCUGUGAGCCCUGCUGGAAGCUUAUGCGCAACCUUUUGGGAACUCACUUGGGACACAGUGCCAUCUACAACAUGUGCAGGAUCAUGGAAAACAGAGCGUACAUGGCCGAUGCGGCGCUGCUCAGAGGAGCCGUGUUCUUUGUUGGGAUGGCUCUGUGGGGUGCUCAUCGCCUCAAUUCACUCAAGAAUUCCCCGACUUCAGUGCUGCCUUCAUUCCUCAAGGCCAUGACGUGUCCCAAUGCGGUUGUGUCUUACGAGAUAGUUCUGUCCAUAACACGGCUCAUAAAGAAGUAUGGGAAGGAGCUGCAAGCUGUGACCUGGGACAUCCUUUUGGACAUCAUGGAGCGAUUACUGCAGCAGCUGCAGAGCCUGGAGAGCCAAGAACUUAAGUCCAUUGUACAUGAUCUUUUGACUACGGUGGAAGAACUCUGCGACCAGAACGAUUUCCAUGGCUCUGAAGAGAGAUUUUUUGAGCUAGUGGAAAGAUGUGCUGAUCAGAGACCAGAAUCUUCUGUAUUAAACUUGAUAACCUACAGAGCUCAGUCCAUUCAUCCUGCCAAAGAUGGCUGGAUUCACAACCUGCAGACGCUCAUGGAGAGAUUCUUCAGGCACGAAAGUCGUAGCGCUGUUCGUAUUAAAGUUCUGGAUGUCUUGUCCUUUGUCCUGAGUAUUAACAGACAGUUCUACGAGGAAGAGCUGAUAAACUUGGUGGUGAUUUCUCAGCUGGCCCACAUUCCAGAGGAUAAAGACCAUCAAGUCCGAAAACUGGCCACUCAGCUACUCGUAGACCUGGCUGAAGGCUGCAACACGCAUCACUUCAACAGCUUGCUUGAUAUCAUAGAAAAGGUGGCUGCACAUUCUCUCUCAUCUCCUUCUGAACUGGAAGAGAGGGACUUGCUGUCAUAUUCAGCUUCUCUGGAGGAUGUCAAGACAGCAGUUCUUGGACUCCUGAUAAUUCUUCAGACAAAACUCUACAGCUUACCCUCCAGCCACGCCACGCGCGUGUAUGAGAUGCUGAUCCACCACAUCCAGUGGCACUACUUGCACGCCUACAGCCUGGCCAUCGCGAGCAGCAUCAGGCUGCAGGUAUUUGAUUUCCUCCUGAUGCUUCGAGCUGACUCUCUCCGCCGCCUUGGCCUUUCCAACAAGGAUGGAGCAGUAAGGUUCAGCCCUUACUGCCUCUGUGAUUUUGUAGAAGCAGAGAAGAGGACUUCUGAGAAAAAGCCUACGGGUACGCUCUCUCCACCUUCGGGAAGUCCCAGCGUGCCUUCGCAGAACGCCACCGUCCGUGUCGGGCAUCUGCCAUACUCGAUGGUUUUUGGUGUCCUCCUGCAGUGUUUGAAGCAAGAGACAGACUGGAAGGUGUUGAAGUUGGUUCUUAACAAAUUGCCUGAAUCCCUCCGCUACAAAGUGCUAUUUUUAACCUCUCCCUGUAAGAUAGACCUGCUGGCCUCUGCGCUGAGCAACAUGCUGACGGACAAGAAGACUACCGACAGGCUCCAUGGUACCCCAGAAGGCUUUUCUCGCACUGAUUUGCAUCUGGCUGUCGUCCCCGUACUCACAGCGCUAAUAUCUUAUCAUAAUUAUCUGGACAAAGCUAGACAGCGUGAAAUAGUGUAUUGCCUGGAGCAGGGCCUUAUUUAUCGCUGCGCAAACCAGUGCGUCGUGGCGCUCUCCGUGUGCAGCGUCGAGAUGCCCGACAUCAUCAUAAAGGCGCUUCCCGUCUUAAUAGUCAAACUAACUCACAUCUCCGCUACGGCCAAUAUGGCAAUCCCGCUCCUGGAAUUUCUCUCAACUCUAGCGAGGCUGCCUCACCUCUACAGGAACUUCGCAGCAGAGCAGUACGCCAGCGUGUUCGCCAUCUCUCUGCCCUACACAAACCCUUCCAAGUUUAACCAGUACAUCGUUUGCCUGGCCCAUCACGUGAUAGCUAUGUGGUUCAUUCGGUGUCGCCUUCCCUUCCGGAAAGACUUUGUCCCCUAUAUUACGAAGGGUUUGCGCUCAAAUGUCCUCCUUUCCUUUGAUGACACGCCCGAGAAGGACAGUUUCAGGGCUCGCAGUACAAGCCUGAAUGAGAGACCAAAAAGUAGUUUAAGACUAGCCAAAAAUGCAAAGCAAGGCUUGAAUAACUCUCCUCCAGUGAAAGAGCUGAAAGAAUCCUCUGCAGUUGAUGCCUUCCGAUCCCGCAGCAUCAGUGUGUCUGAACAUGUGGUCCGCAGUCGGAUACAGACAUCCAUCACUAGUUCAAGCCUGGGCUCUGCGGAUGAGAAUUCGAUGGCUCAGGCUGACGACAACUUAAAAAAUCUCCACCUGGAGCUCACGGAGACCUGUCUGGACAUGAUGGCUCGAUACGUCUUCUCAAACUUCACAGCGGUGCCUAAGAGGUCUCCUGUGGGUGAGUUUCUGUUGGCUGGAGGAAGGACGAAGACGUGGCUGGUUGGUAACAAGCUGGUCACCAUUACCACGAGCGUUGGAACAGGGACAAGGUCCUUGCUUGGCCUAGACUCUGGAGAGCUCCAAAGCAGCACAGAAUCAAGCUCAGACCCUGUUUUGCAAGUGAGACAAACUAAAGAAGCUCCGGCAAAACUGGAAUCUCAAGCUGGGCAGCAGGUUUGCAGAAGCUCUCGCAACAGAGUCCGAUCCAUGUCUGGUGGUCAUGCCUUGCGUGUCGGUGCCUUAGACAGCUCAACCCCUCACUUUCCCAGUGGUUCGGCUUCCCAAGGGACACAGGGUCCUCCUGCUCCGGCAUCUCGAACAGAGAAGACUAAUCCUGAUCCACAGACACCUCUGCAGAAAGAAAAAGCAAACUUAGCCGCGUAUGUCCCGCUGCUGACCCAGGGGUGGGCAGAAAUCCUAGUGCGCAGACCCACAGGUAACACGAGCUGGCUAAUGAGUCUGGAGAACCCGCUCAGCCCGUUCUCUUCAGAUAUUAACAACAUGCCCCUGCAAGAGCUCUCUAACGCGCUCAUGGCUGCAGAGCGUUUUAAAGAACACCGCGAAACGGCUCUCUAUAAAUCCCUCUCGGUGCCCUCCUCCAGCCUGGCCACCGGGACGGCCAAGCCAUCGCUUCUGCAGCGUUCCAACACAGUGGCCUCUUUCUCUUCCAUGUACCAGUCCAGUUGUCAAGGGAAGUUGCACAGGAGCAUAUCCUGGGCAGAAUCCGCGGUGGUGCUGGAGGAAGGGAGCCCCUCGGAGAUGGAGCUGAAGGAAACCGAGUCCCCGGCUGAGUCUCCGGAGAGCGAGGAUAAUGAGACAUCGUGUUCCGAGCAAGUCCUGAGUGAGGAGAGGUUUGGUAAACCCCAGGAGUCUUACAGCAGG